CUUUUGAGAAUAUAUAACUAAUCUGAGAAGACCAUUAAAUAAAUUAUCAAUUUUAUUUUACAAUAUUAAGAAAAUAUGUCACGAUUUAUGAUUCAUAAAGGUCAACUUACAGCAUUUUCAUAUUUUCGACCACAAAUGUUUUCAACUAAUUUAUUAGUUACUAAAAAAUCAAUUCGACCUGAAUAUCCUUCCCCAGUUCGUCAUGGAUUUGUACCAGAAAAAUGGUGUACAGUUUUUUAUCCAAAAACUGGUGUAACAGGGCCUUAUAUUUUUGCUACUGGACUAUCUGCUUAUUUAUUGUCAAAAGAAAUAUACGUAAUUGAUCAUGACUUUUACAAUGGAGUAAGCCUUAUUAUAUUGUUCAUAGUAUUGCACAAAAAAUAUGGAGCUGAUUUUGCUAAAUUUCUUGAUAAACAUAUUGAUGCGUAUGAAAAUAAUCUAGAAUCUUCCAAAAAAGAUAAAAUAAAAGAAUUCCAGGAACUUAUUGAGCAUGAAAAAAAAGAACAAUGGAGAACCGAAGGUCAAAAAAUGAUAAUUGAUAUUAAAAAAGAUAAUAUCAAUUUACAAUUAGAAGCAGCUUAUAGAGCACGUUUAUCUUCUGUGUAUGAAGCAGUAAAAGGACGCUUGGAUUAUCAAGUACAACUUCAAAAAAUUGAACGAAAACUUGCACAGAAAUAUAUGGUUCAAUGGAUUGUAGAAAACGUAAAGAAAGCAUUUACACCUGAACAAGAAAAAAUAGUUCUUUCAAGAUCUAUUAGUGAUCUUCAAAAGCUUGUUUCUGAAAUUUAAAUUAAAUAAAUUCGUUUAUAUUAUAAAUGA